UAGAAAAUAGUCAAAUAAUAAGUCCCAAGUAUCCGCGGCGUCGCGCGGGUUUAUGGGAGACGUAUUCUUUCGGGGAUGCGAAACUUGCCGCGUAAGGGGCCGGCGCUCGUUCGUUGGCAGAACGGACCAAAGCAGCGACGGCGGCGGGGCGUCAAGUCAAAACGUGGCGAUCGUCUGCUUCAACUCCGAGUCCCACCUUGUGUCUUGGCCAAGUGUAUUCACUGGGUUUUUCCUGGUCUUGGAGGAGGAAUCGGCUUACAUUCCACUCAGUCAACAGCCUCAAACAUGAGUUUCCAGACGCAGAGCGGCCCGCUGGGUGAGGAGAUGGAAGAGGAGGAGGAAGAGGGGGAGGAAGAGAAUAUCAACCCGACAGAGAUGAAGAUGAGUCAGAUUGUGAUGCCGUGUCAUAGCAAUCAUCGCCAGGAGCUGGGUGUAGGCCAGCUGCUCAAGUGGAUGGAUUCUACUGCCUGUCUCUCUGCUGAGCGGCAUGCUGGGUGUGCUUGUGUCACGGCCUCAAUCGACGACAUCCACUUUGAGCACACCAUCAGCGUGGGGCAGGUAGUGAAUAUCAAGGCGAAGGUCAACAGAGCCUUCAACACCAGUAUGGAGGUUGGCAUAGUGGUGAGCUGUGAGGACUUGUUUACUGAUCGUCACUGGAGGGUUUGUCAGGCUUACGCCACCUUUGUUACUCAGCGCACACACGCUGGAAACAAGGUAAAGUUAAAGCCCAUCACACCCCUAACCCAGAGAGAACAGGUGGAGUACAGAGUGGCCGCCGAGAGACGGAGGAUGAGGUUGUUACACUAUGACAUCAUCAAGGACCUGCUCUGUGAUAGGGCCUUUCAGCAGGCUGACUGCUUGGCAGUAGGGAAUGCAGUGGCAGCAGAGAGGACGAAGGUGGAGAGUUUUGAACUGGUACUGCCCCCCCAUGCUAACCAUCAGGUGAAUACAUUUGGAGGACAGAUCAUGGCCUGGAUGGUGAACGUUGCUACAAUCGCUGCUAGUCGUCUGUGUCAGGCACACCCCAUUCUGAGGAGCAUAGACAUGUUUACCUUCAGAGGACCGUCUCAGGUUGGGGACAGACUGCUGUUGAGGGCUAUAGUCAACAAUGCCUUUAAAAACAGUAUGGAGGUGGGUGUGCGUGCAGAGGCCUACCAGGAGGAGGGACCUAACAGACACAUAAACUCUGCCUUCAUGACCUUUGAGGUGCUUGAUGAAAAUGGAAAGCCGCGCACACUACCACGGAUACAGCCUGAAGUGCUGGAAGGAAGAAGGAGAUUCCAAGAGGCCAUAGCUAGGAAGAAGAUCAGAUUGGACAGAAAAUACAUCAUUUCCUGUAAGCAGGCCGAAGUCCCUUUCUCUGUCCACUGGGAUCCCAGGAACCAGGUGUAUCUCAGCUACAACAACGUAUCGGCUCUGGAGAUGUUGGCGGCUCGAACAAACUGGCUACUCAGCUCUGAGAAAGACCAGGUCAGCCUUUACAUCCUGGAGCAGAAGUCUGUGCUGAGCUUCAAAGUGGAGGCGGAGGUGGAUGUUCCAGCCCAAAGAGCCUUUUCUCUGCUGGCGGACCUGCGCAACAGAACCAGCUGGGACACACAUUAUCAGAAAUGUGAGCUGAUUCGUCGGGUGAACGACGACGACUUCCUGUAUCGCGUGGUGACCCCGUCGGUGGGUCAUGGAGAAUUAGCCGCCUCGGGUUCGCCCGCCCAGGGGUGUGGGAUCCUCCAGGACUUCAUCCUACUGGCCUCCAGGAGGAAACCGUGUGGCAGCGGGGAUCCAUACGUCAUCGCACUGCGUUCUGUGUCCCUGCCCACUCACCCCCCGCACAACGAAUACAAGAGAGGAGAAGUUCUGUGUGCCGGGUUCACUAUACUGGAAACCAAGAACAACACUUCACUGAUCAGUUAUUAUAACCAGGCGUCUCCAGAGGUCCUCCCUUACAUCUCUACGGACAUCGCUGGCCUGUCCUCCUCCUUCUACCACACCUUCUGCACCUGCAGCCAGUAUCUGACCAAGAACAGACGGCAGUCCAGCACCGAGCAACAGCCCAGCCAAAGCACAGAAGACGGCAGAGAGGAGCCUCCCUCCGCAGCCGCCACCGACGGCCUGCUGUUGUCUGCACACAGCACGCCAUUUUAGACGCGUUUUGUGGGCCAGUUUACUCCACCAUCAAGAGAAGGAUUUGUAGUUUGUUGAACUUAUUCCUUCAGACCAGUACAGAGAGAGAGACGGUAUAUUUUUACGGUAAAGGAGUGUAAGCAGGGAGGAAAGGUUUGGGUUUUUUUGUGUAGUUUCAGAGCGCAUACUGAUUGACAGCAGUGAAAAGCUCUUCGCCGUACGCAAUGACUGAAAUAUUUCAAGGUUUCUGAAUCAACCUGAACAGGUAGAAACAAUAACUGAAUUCAUACAUGCAUAGACUGAGGGGUGAAUAUAGAUGCGGGAGUGGGAAACUUGCUUCGAGGAACUAUUUUCU